AUAAAGAGAGAAAGAAUCUUCGAAUUCCUACUAGUCACUAGGACUAUAAUUAAUAAGAAGAUCGGGGAGGAUAGCGAGGAUACUAACUUAGAAGCCCGUGUGAUAGCUGCCUAUUAUAAGUAUUUCGAACUCACUAUCGAGACUAUAGAUAGUAUAAUAAUGCUUAUACUCACCUAUAAGCGCGAAUUUGUUAAAGGAUAUUAG